AUGGGGACCACUGAAGCUACGCUCCGGAUGGAAAAUGUGGACGUGAAGGAAGAAUGGCAGGACCAAAGCCUUCCCAGGCCUCUAAGAGCUAAGACCAGCUUGUCCCAGCUUUCUGGGGCCACUCAGGAUGCUAGCUCCCCUCCCAACACAUUGAACUUCAACGGAGCUCAUCGUAAGCGGAAGACACUGGUCGCCCCCGAGAUCAACAUUUCGCUGGAUCAGAGCGAGGGCUCCCUGCUGUCCGACGACUUCCUGGACACCCCUGAUGACCUCGAUAUCAACGUGGACGACAUCGAGACCCCGGACGAGACCGACUCGCUGGAGUUUCUGGGAAAUGGCAAUGAGCUGGAGUGGGAAGAUGACACCCCGGUGGCCGCCGCGAAGAACAUGCCCGGUGACAGUGCAGAUCUGUUCGGGGACGGCGCAGUGGAGGACGGCGGUGCCACCAACGGGCGCCUCUGGCGGACGGUGAUCAUCGGAGAACAAGAACACCGGAUUGACCUGCACAUGAUCCGACCCUACAUGAGGGUAGUGACCCACGGAGGGUACUAUGGCGAGGGUCUCAACGCCAUCAUCGUGUUCGCUGCCUGCUUCCUCCCGGACAGCAGCUCGCCCGACUACCACUACAUCAUGGAGAACCUCUUCCUGUACGUCAUCAGCAGUCUGGAGCUGCUGGUGGCCGAGGACUACAUGAUCGUCUACCUGAACGGCGCCACCCCCCGGCGGAGGAUGCCUGGCAUCGGCUGGCUGAAGAAGUGUUAUCAGAUGAUCGACAGGAGAUUGCGGAAGAACCUGAAGUCGCUGAUCAUUGUGCACCCGUCCUGGUUCAUCCGCACGGUGCUGGCGGUGUCCCGGCCUUUCAUCAGGUGA